AAGAGAAACGAGAAAAAAAAAAACGAAAAAACUGCAAAUUGUCUUGUUUGCAGUGACAAAAGGACAUUGCUUUUUUUCUUCUCCACUUCCUUCUUUUUUAUUCUCCCUUACCAACAAAUAACAAAAUAAUAUGACUCAUCAGCUCUAUUACAGUGACAAACAUCCCACAGCGUUUUAUCCGUAUUCAACAUUAGCGCCACCAAACUAUCACCAUCACCGUCUACCAUUACAGCACCUCACGCCGUUGCUUCCAGUAGUCGAUGACAAUACAUAUCACUACUCCCUUCCACAAAGAAAAAUAAGAAUUAGUAACAGUAGACCAAAGCUAUCUAGAUCAUUAUCAACUGGAAGUCUGAGACAUUUGGAAGAGCAACAGCAGCAUUUCAUCAAUCAAGGGAUUACAGAGUAUCCUGAGAAUGUAUACAACUGGUAUUACCAGCAACAGAAUGAGCCUCAGUAUAUUCAUUCACAAAGAAGUACUAUUAAACCGAAGAACAGAAAAAGAUCGAAAGGCAGAGAACACAAUGAGAGAAACACACUGGAAAGAAACGAAGAUAGUGAUGACAGAUAUGAUAACAAUAACAGCGAAUACAAUAUUGAUCCAGACGUUUACACAGAUAUUGAUGGCGAACCCAUGAAUGAGCUGGAACUGCUUGCUGCAAAAAACGCUAUACGUAAUGAAACAAUCUUUUACGACGAAAAUGAUGAUAAAGAAAGAACUGCUAAGCAAGUGUCAUCUUCAAGCGACAGAAAGACGAAAGCUUAUCGAAUGCAAUGAAGUCGUUGAACUUCCAACAUAUCAAAGUAGACUCAGCAGCAGUCGCUGAUAAUACUUUCAAAAACGAAGAAGCAACAUCCAAAUAUUUCUGCAACCACUUCAACAAAAAAGAAACGAUGGCCAUUUUCCUUUCUAUUUAAGAAGGGUGUACUUCCCCAUGCAAAACAGCAGCACCAACAGCAAGCCCUUCCUCAGCACCU